GCCUCUCCGUGCCGGGCGGCUCUCCGCCUGGAGCUGGAAAGGGAGCGCUUCCCGGGACUCGGCUCUGUUCUGAGGCUCCGAAGCCGACGCCGCCAGCUCAGGCCCGGGGGUCGGAGCGGACUGCCCGCGCAGGCUGCGCCUGGGAGCCGCCGAGAGGGGAACGCCCCAUGGGACGCCCCCGGGGGCUUUCUUCGUGCCCUGCUGCGGCGUCCCAGUCUUAGGCUCCCGGGUUCCCCAGCCCGCUCCGCCCGCCGCCCGCGGCCUGUCUGGAGAGGAGUAUGAGGCCCGGGCCCCCGCGGACGCCGGCCACAGGGCGGCAGGGGCCUAGCUUCAGACCCCUGCGCCCGAGGGUGGCGGGUGAGGAGCUGCGGGAGCCGGCGAGGCGUCGGGGCGCGGCGAGGAGCGUCCCAGCCCGGGCGCCCGAAGGGCCGCGGGACCCGUGUGCGGCCUGAGCGCCGAGGAGGCGGAGGCGGAGGCGGGGGCGAGGCGCCCUGCCGUCCGGGCUCUGGGGGAGGCGGCAAGGGGCUCCGCGGCGGCCCCCGACCCCUGGCCACCAUCCUCACGCUUCUGCUCCCGCGGGGGGGAUGUCGCGGCCCGGGCCCCGAGCGCCGCCCCGGCCCCGGGGCUGAGCUCCGGACCAUGUCCUCCCGCAGCCCCCGGCCCCCGCCCCGCCGCUGCCGCCGCCGCCUGCCGCGCCCCUCCUGCUGCUGCUGCUGCUGCCGCCGCUCGCACCUCAACGAGGACACGGGUCGCUUCGUGCUGCUGGCGGCGCUCAUCGGCCUCUACCUGGUGGCGGGCGCCACAGUCUUCUCUGCGCUCGAGAGCCCGGGCGAGGCGGAGGCGCGGGCGCGCUGGGGCGCCACGCUGCGCAACUUCAGCGCAGCGCACGGCGUGGCCGAGCCGGAGCUGCGCGCCUUCCUCCGGCACUACGAGGCCGCGCUGGCAGCCGGCGUCCGAGCCGACGCGCUGCGCCCGCGCUGGGACUUCCCCGGCGCCUUCUACUUCGUGGGCACCGUGGUAUCGACCAUAGGUUUCGGCAUGACCACCCCCGCCACGGUGGGCGGGAAGGCCUUCCUCAUCGCCUACGGGCUGUUCGGCUGCGCCGGGACCAUCCUGUUCUUCAACCUCUUCCUGGAGCGCAUCAUCUCGCUGCUGGCCUUCAUCAUGCGCGCCUGCCGGGAGCGCCAGUUGCGCCGCAGCGGCCUGCUGCCCGCCACCUUCCGCCGCGGCUCGGCGCUCUCGGAGGCCGACUGCCUGGCGGGCUGGAAGCCCUCGGUGUACCACGUGCUGCUGAUCCUGGGCCUGUUCGCCGUGCUGCUGUCGUGCUGCGCCUCGGCCAUGUACACCAGCGUGGAGGGCUGGGACUACGUGGACUCGCUCUACUUCUGCUUCGUCACCUUCAGCACCAUCGGCUUCGGGGACCUGGUGAGCAGCCAGCACGCCGCCUACCGGAACCAGGGGCUCUACCGCCUGGGCAACUUCCUCUUCAUCCUGCUCGGCGUGUGCUGCAUCUACUCGCUCUUCAACGUCAUCUCCAUCCUCAUCAAGCAGGUGCUCAACUGGAUGCUGCGCAAGCUGAGCUGCCGCUGCUGCGCGCGCUGCUGCCCGGCGCCCGGCGCGCCCCUCUCCCGGCGCAACGCCAUCACGCCGGGCUCCCGGCUGCGCCGCCGCCUGGCCGCGCUCGGCGCCGACCCCGCGGCCCGCGACAGCGACGCCGAGGGCCGCCGCCUGUCGGGCGAGCUCAUCUCCAUGCGCGACCUCACGGCCUCUAACAAGGUGUCGCUGGCGCUGCUGCAGAAGCAGCUGUCCGAGACGGCCAACGGCUACCCGCGCAGCGUGUGCGUCAACACGCGCCAGAACGGCUUCUCGGGCGGCGUGGGCGCGCUGGGCAUCAUGAACAACCGGCUGGCGGAGACCAGCGCCUCCAGGUAGACCGCCGGGCCGCGCCACGGACCCUCGGCAGGCUGGCGUGCCGCCGGCCGUGGUUUGCUUUCCUUCUCUCAGACGCUGGCGCUUUCUUAAUCUUUACCCAAUAAAAUCAAACCAAAAAAAAAAAAAUUUUUUUUAAAGAAAUACUACUUGGCCAGGCCUGAUGUUAUCCAGGGCAGGUUUCGGGGGAGCCUGUUUUCCUCGUGGGUCCCCUCUUGAAGAACCGUGGCCCCCGGCAGAUUCUCCUCCAGGGAGAGAAAGUGGCACCCCAGACCCUCACCCGGUGCAUAUCGCAGCGAGGAGAGGGCCAUCCCUGGGUUUUGCGGACUGGCUAAACCCCGUCCCCAUGCACAUAAGCAGCCGGCAACCCCAAAGCAUAUGGUGCAACUUCUCAUGGCUCUGAAUUACCUCCGCAGCAUUUAGAAUCCUGGCCCAGCCUAGCAGCUUCCUUCUGGUCGUCAGAAGUGAUGUAGUCACAGUUUUGACAGGUGGGGGUGGGGAGAGCCAUAUGUUGCCUACCGAUGUAUAUAAAUAGAACAGCCGCUACACACGGAGAAUGGUGUAGUAUUAUGCAAUGAGAUGAAACACAGCACCAACUUGCGGACUGUGGCAUUUCCCCGAGAUUUGGAAAUUGGGAUGGUAAGGGGCUCAGCUGGCCUUUCUCAGCCUGGGGUUGGUGCAUUUAGCCCAGCACAAAGGGCAGCUACUUUUAAUGCCGGAAACCCAGGGUGGCCGGCAGGGAGGGGAGCACGCAGGCUGCAGGAGCCCUGCUUUGCUUCAGCCAGCUGAUCUCUGAGGCUGGGGGCCCAUUUCAGAAUCCCCCAACCCUCCUUCCUUUCACCAGCGUUAUCCUUGGGAAUGCUUUUCAUUACUAAUUAGGAAUGUCUGGGUCUUCUCCGACAAGAUCUUGCUUUGUUGGUGUGGAUUUCGUUUCUUAACUGCCGUUGAGCAACUCGUUUUCCCCCUAAGGGUGCAGAGUGCAGCCUCCGGAACCCCCUUCUCCUCCUCUGAGUCAGGGCUCCCCAGCACCAGGAACCCACAGCAGCCAUCCUGCAAAUGUCCGAGAAGUUAGCUCCAGAGACCAUAAUGUUCUGGGGACAGAUCCCAUUCUAAACCCUGUUUGGCCUCCACUGAUAGUCAAGUGAAUUUGUUUUCUCCACUCACAGUCUGUGUUGGAGGUGGAGGAAGGCGGGGGGCGGGGAGCUGAUGGAAUGGGUGGAUGGAAGCGGUUUUGGAAUUAGUUUUGAGCUGGAUGAUCCUCAAGCUGAGGGACCGGUUCUCCGCCCACUGCUGCAGAGGGGUCCCUGACCUGGAGGAAGGUCAGAUGCUUUCUUCAUUGAAAGGAUGGGGUUCUUGAACUGUAAAGGAACAAUGCUCUUUCGGCCCAUUUUCCUCAUCUAAAAAGAUGAUCCCAAGACAAAUGCCAGAGUCUAGUCAGACACGGUGUGACCCACCAGUAUCUACAGCUUCUGCCAGGAAGUCUUAGAAAAGCAGCAGGACGCCUCACACCGCAUGCCUGCGAGGCAUGGGAAGCCGUGAAAUCUCCCUCCCCGGCAGCGAAGGAAGCAUAUGUGCCUGGAACACACACACACAUGCACACACACCCACAUGCACACACAUGCACACAGCAUUAGGAGUCCUGCUUGAAUGUCAACCUCCCCUCUCCCCCUCCAGUUCAUGACCAGAAGGGGAAAAUGUGUUGGGAUCUGAAUGACUCUCUAGCUACUCUAGGUAAUUUCUCAUUGGGAUUGGGAUUGGGAUUUCAACAAAGGCCCUAAUCUGCGGGUGAGGCCAGUGAGGCAGAGCGGCCAGGAGAGAGGUCAGUCUUGCUAAAUCCUGAAGGGUAGGCUUCCAGAGAGCCACGCUUCAGGAGUCACCGGGACGGGCGCUCAGGCCAGCUGGUGGCACCCCUGCCCCGCCCAAGCCAUGGCUUCGUUCACACUGCAGUGACAGCACACCGAGAGACGCACACGCACUCUAGGCCAAGGCUCUCUCGGGGGGCCUAGAAAUUAAGUGCCAUGCCCAUCCCUCUAGGAGAAGGGAAGAUGAAAAGGAAUCCAGUUAGAGGUGUCACCCAGGCAACGAGCAAUAACUUGGGGAUCUGAAGCAUACAGAGGGGGUGAGAUUUCCCCAUGAUGGAGGCAUCUAGACCAAGAGGACUUGACAGCAGGCAAAACGGCAGUCAACCCAGUGAAGUGAGCCCCAGCAACAGCACAGGAAGCUUAAGACCUAGCUAACGAGGUUCUCUGAGCUAGACAGGCCAAGAGGUGUCCAGGGGAUCCCACUGACCAGCGCACAAGACUGCACAGAACCGUGUCUCCACGGGAGGGAGCAGGACCCACCUACAGAGAAGAAAACCUCACAACCUUCCUUGGCAGUCUUCUCUGUCAGCAGUGCUUCUUAAAGUCUAUCUUAAAUUGCUCAUGCUGCAGCCUUAGCUGUUUUCACUUCUAUGCUUUGCCUUUGGAAGGAGACAAUUGUGAGCAGCUUGAGCAAGCUUCUGAAGGAGCCAUAAGCCUGGCUUAAUGGGGACAGGGAAGGGACCCUUCCCUCUCAUCAACCUCCCAGAGAAACACCAGCCCUCCAACAUACAAAAGUAGCUCAGGAUCCCAUGGCGUGCUUGUAUUUUUGCCCAUGUUCCCCUAGUCCCCCCACCCAAAUUCAUUCCCUGGUUGUCCUUCACCUCAGGCCGAAGAGCUCAGUGUCCCAAGUGUCAGUGGCUGCUUCUUGGGGGGGAAAAGCCGGGCUCCCAAAGUUAGGGGGAUUGCUGGAGCCUAGACCCCUGCCUCAAGCUUACUUGGCAUCCUGUUGAGCGUUGAAUACCAGGACUGGGAUCCUACCAUCAUUUCAGGAAUAAUGAUGUUGAUAGGAAACCCUUUCUUUGGUGCAGGUUCUUCUGAACCUCAGGUUAAGCAAAGGCUCCAUCCUCUUAGAUGCUGUGGCUUCUCCCUUCAUGUGGGGAUCUCCAGUUUGACCCACGGCUGGUAGCUCCCUGCAGUCUAUGACUCCCACCCCCCAACUCCUGGGAUUGCUGUCUCACCUUAGGCCUAUACUCACCUCUCUGGGGCUGGGGCUUUGGGGCUCUAAGCAGCCCUUGCCACCUGCUGUGGUGACACAGAGGCCAGGGUCUUAGUGAGCAGCUGGGACUUCUCUGGGAUGAGCAGACAGGUAGGGAAGCCCCCCCUGAUGUCCUUGCUUGCUAAUGAGGCCAGGUGGUCAGGCUCCUCUGUCUUCUGAUCGAAGCCAGAG